GAAAUUUCCAGGAAUGAGUUGAGUUCCACAAAUUGGUCUUCAAUGGAAGAUAUCUACUUCAGACCAUAUCAAACCAAUCUUUAACCAUCUUUUUACUAUCGUAUAGUAAUGAAAUGGAGAAGCAAAGAACAGAGGAUGUCCAGCUAGAAGAAGUCAUUAAUUCCCAGAAGGAAAGGAAAGAGAGCAACGAUGGUUCUAGUAAUGAUAUCACUCACGAAACCUCUCUUUGGAACGCAAGAAAAUGGGCUGGAAAAUUCCGUUCUCUUUCCUUCCAAGAGCGAGCACCGUUUCCGAAAGACACAGGAUAUGGAAAACGACGACGUCGUCUGUCGCUUCUUCAAUAUGCCCUCGCCUGAAACCUAGAAUUACAAAAAUGGCAUUCUUUUUGCCUAAUUAUCUCCACUGGGUGCUCAGAACCAAACCGCGCCUCGCAACGCCUGAGCUCCUCUGCUCUGAAGUGAAGUAGACGACGAUGACCACAAUGACGUCGUCCCGAACUUUGCUCUGUAGCAGCUAUGCCUUGCUUUCAUCCAAGCCCUGUACUGCAAAAUGUUCACUUUAUCUUCCUCAAUUGCGUGGGUCUAGACCUCUUCGCAACACCUUGAGUUCGUGUAGAAAACCACUCAUUCCAAAAAUGGAAGAUGUCAGAUUGAGGACCCUUUCGUGCCACGCUACACGCCGCAAACCUACAGUAUCAACCGCCUCUUCAGGCGAGGAGGGCGAUGACAACACAAGAAGAGUACUUCAAAUAGUGUUGUGGAUCGCUGAGGGUAUCUACAUUGGCUGGCUUUUCCUGCUUCCUUUUGCCCCUGGAGAUCCUGUAUGGGCCAUCAGUAAAGACACAAUAAACUCUCUCGUGGGCCUUUCACUCAACUUCUUUUUCAUAUUGCCUUUAUUGAACUUUGUUGGCGUUCAUGUGCUGGAGGCUCCAGUUCUUCAUCCUAUGUCUGAAGGACUAUUCAACUUUGUCAUCGGGUGGACAUUCAUGUUUGCCCCUCUGCUGUUCACAGAUCGUAAGAGAAAUAGAUACAAAGGAUCUCUCGAUGUACUGUGGGGCCUGCAGAUGUUCCUGACAAACACAUUUUUGAUACCAUAUAUGGCUAUCCGAUUGAAUGAUGCUGAUGAUGAUGAUAUUCAAAGCAAACGCUCACAGUUAGGCACCGUAAUGACCAACGGCGCUCCAAUUGUGGGAAUCAUUGGUGGGGCUGCAUGUCUUCUAUCUCUAUGGUGGGCUUUAUUUGGUAGAAUGGAUGCAAAUUUUGGAGGCCUAGCAGAGAGAUGGGAUUUCUUGUUGGAUUAUCUUGGAUCAGAAAGGUUGGCUUAUGCAUUCAUAUGGGAUAUAUUCCUGUACAUCAUCUUCCAGCCAUGGUUGAUUGGGGAGAAUCUCCAAAAUGUCCAGGAAACCAAGGUUUUUGCUGUUAAGUACCUUAGCUAUGUCCCUGUGGUUGGCUUAAUUGUUUAUCUUCUUUGCUUGGAUCAAGAAGCAGUAUGAUCUACUGGAAACUUCUUAGAUAGAACCGGUUUACAAGUUGUAAGUAAACAAAGUCAUUCAUGAAGAAAUAUGUAAGCUUGCCAAACUCAUUACAUACUAAAGGUUUAUGCUUGAUUGACUUGGUUUACUUACUUCUUACAAUGCGAUUUUACUCAAUAAUGUCUGUGGUUCAGGAUGUUUAUGCUGCAAAGAUAUACAUUUAUAUGGAUAUAUAUACAACUAUAUUUACAUUCAAAA